UUCCUCCCCCCUCCAACGGAGUCCUGACGCGUCGCCCCCAAUCCGACCCGAGGAGGCUGUAGACUCCAUAGAGUUGCCGCCGUGCCCUCAGCGUCCGCGGCUACCAAUCCGUCGCACCGGCGCCGCCCCACCCCGAGCAAACCCCUCCGCCUCUCACGCGCGUCGCCGCCGUCGCCGUUCCCGUUCAACCCAUCGCGUCCCUGGUGUCUCGACCCCGCCCGCAAUUUUGGCCGUUCGGUUGCUGAGAUAGCAUUGGAGAAACUUCUGUGAUCGUGUUUUUACAUGUAAAAAGUUAAGGGGGGCAAACUUAUCUGCAACUGAAAUAAGUAGCGGGAUAAUAUGGUUGACAUGAACACUGAUCACAUUUUUGAGGUUCCUGACACUCCUGACCGAAUACAGCAGUCAGUGUGCCCUGUAUCAAGCUCAGCUGCUACGAGAGGUGUAACAAGGAUGGCUGGAAAUCCUUCACCAGCCCGGAGACUCAAAUUUAAGAUCAAGAAUAUUUCAACCCAAGGCCAAUCAAGUAGAGGUGAUGCAGUUAGUGAACUGCGUGCACCAUUAGACACUGACAAUAUUUUUAAACAAGCUGAAUUGGCUCGAAAAUUGUCCCCACCAAAGUUAGAUAGGACUACUGGGAAAUCUGUUGUGAACGGGAAUGGGGCUCACAGUCAUGAUUUGGAUCAGAGCAGCAGCAUUUCAAAUCACAUGAUUUGUAGGGGUGAUGGAGUAAGGGGCAGUAGCUGCCAAAUCAGAGAAGGGCAGGUUGGUCAUCGAGGCACAAGCCGUCAGCAUGUGGACUUUCUUGGUGUGGGGUCAGAUCUUCCUACUACCACGGUGGAAAACCCGCGAAACAGAGCAAAAAAUAGCACCUCUAAUGGGCUGAAGGAAGUAGUAGGUUCUGAUGUUUUUUCAGCAUCGGGUCCCAGGGAGGAAAGAAGAGAAGCGAUCAAUAUCCAGGGUACAGCAGGACUCUCAAGUACACCAUGCGAUGUUCCUCAAAGACAAGUGGUUCAGAGAAAGUUGGUGCGAAAUGGUUGUAUUUCUCCCUCUAAUGUAGUCAAAAGAAGUGUAAUUGCUGAUGAAAAGCGGGAAAUGUGCUCUACAAGUGGAGUAUUACGUUAUCGAAAUCCUCAGGAUGAUGUUUUUCAUACAGGAACUAUAAUUGAUCUUACUGAUAAGUCACCAACAAUAACAAAGAAUGGAGCCUCUGUAAACUAUAUGGAAACAACUGCAUCCGAGAAGUUCAGAACAGCCAGAGCUGGGGGGACUCUAAUUCCACAGGGUGCAAAUCAAGCAAGCAGCAGUAACUGUUCUGAAGGUUUAAACAACAAGGGCAAAGAAAUCAUCCAUCAUGUUAUGGGAACUGAGCGGGCUGGAGAGGCUGAUACGAUGAGGGUUUGUCCAAGGGCUCCAGUAGGUUCUUCGUUUGUAAAUGACGACAGUACUGGCAUUUCUCAGCAAGGUUGGAGAACAACACAUAAUCAUACUAUUAAGUUACCCGUGUCAUUGUUGUGUAAGACGACCAGUACUUCUGGAAUGGAAUCUGGAUCUUCUGGACCAUCUAAUCAGGGCCAUGAAACCGCAGCAGAAGAAAGCAAUAACUCAUUAAGUGCAGCAACCGCUACGCGGUCUGCAAGUUUGAGGAAUAGGACAAUAAGGAUCAGUAAAGGAAAGAGGAAACACACCUCAAGUUCCUAUCAUCCUGGUGAAAGCUCUAGUUCUGUUAAUGAACUUGGUAGUUCAUGUCUUGCACCUUCAGACACAACAGCUGGCAGAAAUCAUACCACUCGUCGUCAUAAUAUUUCUGUAAUAGAUAUUGAUGACAUACCUUCCCCUGAAGCUCGAUCUAGUUUGAGUGGCCGCAGUAACGGAACCUCGAUUGAUCCUAACGUAAGUGCACAGUUGGAGGCUGAUGAAUUGUUGGCUCGGCAACUUCAGGAGCAGCUUUACAAUGAAACACCUCGUGUUGCUCCUAGAGAAGAGAUUGAUGCAAUCGUAGCAAUGUCACUUCAACAUGAAGAAGAUGCAGAACGGACAUCUCGAGCUGUAAGAGCACCUGCAAGGUGGCAUCCCAACGAUACCAGAGCUGCACGGGCAUCGCGUUUAAGUGCUUCUCAGCGUGGUAUUAGGGCCAGAUAUGAGACGGCAAUUUCCCAUAUGCAGAAUGCAGCUCCAGUAACUUUGGGUUUGAGGGCUUUUCGUGCCGGAUAUCGUGCUGCGCAUAUUCAACCUAAUAUCGAUUUAAAUGAUUAUGAUGCGCUACUUGCGUUAGAUGAAAAUAACCACCAGCAUACUGGUGCUUCGGAAAGUCAGAUCAAUAACUUGCCUCAGUCAGUAUUUCAGUCAACUAGCACCGAAGAGCCUUGCGCAGUCUGCCUUGAAAAUCCAUCUUUCGGAGAUACCAUCCGCACUUUGCCAUGCUUUCACAAGUUCCACAAAGAGUGCAUCGACGAAUGGCUGAGAAGAAAGAAACUUUGCCCUGUUUGCAAGUGUGGGAUUACUAGUUAGCCAAUGUAGUUUUAGUUUUCGUGCUUCCCGUUUUAGCACAACUUAAUCAGCUGCAUCUUUGGAUGCAUUUUUCUGUUGGUAGUGGUACAUAUCGUAUCGGAGGGUUGCCUCGGUGUUCUCCCAAUGCCCCGCGGUGCAUUUUGUUCCAAUGGAUCAUACUUAAUAAUCAAUAGUUUCUGUGUUCACCAUUUUC